UGUGGUUCCCAUCAAGUGUCACUCCAACAAGCAACGAUACAUCACACCCGGCAGUGAAAGAGGCAACAAGCAGAAAUUUUUCUGGGGGAGAGGAAUGGUAAUUUUCACUCCGAAUCAGGCAACACCUCUUCUGCUUCAAUGUUCUUCUCCUCCUAUUACCAGGGGAAUGCCGAGGAGAAUGAUGUUGAGGAGUUCAUUUGAUUACUCUGUGUCAAGUGAUAUUCUCAUAAAACAUGUCAUACCUGGGGUUGCUGCUUUUGUAUUCCUCUCUCAAACAAACCAGGUUGUAGCAUCAGAGCUAUCAACUCAAUGCAACUUCUACCAACUAGGAAGUGCUGCAAAUAAUACAUUAACUCUUCCUAUCGACAGGGGAUCUGGGGAAAGAAGUGGGAAUUUAAUGAUGAUGAGAGGUAUGACAGCCAAGGAUUUUGACCCAAUUAGAUAUUCUGGAAGAUGGUUUGAAGUAGCUUCGUUAAAACGUGGGUUUGCUGGACAAGGUCAAGAAGAUUGCCACUGCACCCAGGGUGUAUAUACUGUUGAUAUGGAAACACCUGCUAUCCAAGUUGAUACGUUUUGUGUUCAUGGGGGGCCUGAUGGAUACAUAACUGGUAUAAGGGGAAAGGUUCAAUGCCUUCCAGAGGAAGAUUUGGAGAAGAACGAAACUGACCUUGAAAAGCAAGUGAUGAUUAAAGAGAAGUGUUUCCUUCGUUUCCCUACAAUUCCUUUUAUUCCGAAGGAGCCUUAUGAUGUUAUUGCUACAGAUUAUGACACUUUUGCACUUGUCUCUGGUGCAAAAGACAGAAGUUUUGUUCAGAUAUAUUCCAGGAGACCUAAUCCUGGCCCUGAAUUCAUAGAGAAGUACAAAACUUACUUGGCGAAUUUUGGAUAUGACCCAAGCAAAAUCAAGGACACUCCACAAGACUGUGAAGUAAUGUCAAACAGUCAGCUUGCUGCUAUGAUGUCGAUGUCCGGAAUGCAGCAGGCUCUAACAAACCAAUUUCCUGACUUGGGACUGAAAGCUCCAAUUGAAUUUAAUCCCUUUACAAGUGUAUUCGACACUUUGAAGAAACUUGUUGAGCUUUAUUUCAAGUAGUAAAGCUUGGCUAAUUGCACUAUGCCUUUUAUACAUCAAUUCAAGAAACAUGUAAUAAUAGUUUUAUUCCCCAAAUCUGUAAUCUUUUCAGAAGUUCCCAUGCUUCUGAGGAUAUUCCCUGGAAAGGCAUCGUACCUCAUUUACUGUAGAAUUCACAGGUGCUGAAAUCUGUUUAUAAUAAAUAUAAAGUUUGGCA